AUGGAAAGGUUCCAGUCUUCCAUGCGCAAGCGGCUUUACAGCUUGCCGCAAAAUAUUGGGCAAAGACCUUUUGUGGUGGACGAAGGGGACAGCGGCGACAAGGACACAAAGAGGAAAAGUAUUCUGCUGAGGCAUUUGUCCUCUCUGUCCCCCACCAGCAGUUGCCGAAGCGUCGAAGAGGCCAGCAGGCUCGCCGCCGGUAAGACCAACUUGAAUGGGGACUGUCGCCGUUUCAGAGGCAGCAUCUCCUCCGUCGGCGGGCGCCAUCCCGCCGGGUCAGAUCCAGCGGAGCAGCGCUGUCUCAUCCCCGAGGCGGACGCCGGUGGAGGGGAUGAGAGUUCCCCCGGUGAGCGCGGCUCGGCAGCGGGAGGUCAUAUCGGCGCGGCCGGACAAGCGUCCCUCUAUGACCAGACGAGUUUCAUCAAGUUGGAAGGGAGCGAGCAAAUCAUCCCCGAGGAUGAGCGACUUUACCAAGCCGGAUUUAUGCACCGGCAGUUCGGGGCGAUGCUCCAACCCGGAGUCAACAAGUUCUCUCUGCGGAUGUUGGGGAGUGAGAGGGCCGUGGAACACGAGAGGGAACGCGUCAAAUCUGCGGGUUUCUGGAUUAUACACCCUUACAGUGAUUUUAGAUUCUACUGGGAUCUGACCAUGCUGCUUCUCAUGGUGGGAAACCUCAUCAUCAUUCCUGUGGGCAUCACCUUCUUCAAAGAUGAACACACACCACCCUGGAUCGUUUUCAAUGUGGUCUCAGACACCUUCUUCCUUAUGGACUUAGUCCUCAACUUUCGUACAGGCAUUGUCAAAGAAGACAACACUGAGAUUAUCCUGGACCCUCAGAAGAUCAAGAUCAAGUACCUGAAGGGCUGGUUUGUGGUGGAUUUCAUCUCCUCCAUACCCGUAGACUACAUCUUUCUCAUUGUAGAGACUCGCAUUGACUCUGAUUUUUACAAGACAGCCAGAGCCCUGAGGAUCGUGCGCUUCACCAAAAUUCUCAGUCUCCUACGCCUGCUGCGCCUCUCCAGACUCAUCCGCUACAUCCACCAGUGGGAAGAGGUUUUCCACAUGACCUAUGACCUGGCCAGUGCCAUGGUGCGUAUCAUGAAUCUGAUUGGAAUGAUGCUGCUGCUGUGUCACUGGGAUGGCUGUCUGCAGUUUCUGGUUCCAAUGCUGCAGGACUUCCCUCCCGAUUGCUGGGUCACUCGAAACAAGAUGGUGAAUGACACAUGGGGUCAGCAAUAUUCUUACGCCCUCUUCAAAGCCAUGAGCCACAUGCUGUGCAUUGGCUACGGGCUGUACCCGCCAAUCGGAAUGGCCGACGUGUGGCUGACCAUACUCAGCAUGAUUGUGGGCGCGACCUGCUUUGCCAUGUUUGUGGGGCACGCCACGGCCCUGAUUCAGUCUCUGGAUUCCUCCAGGAGGCAGUACCAAGAAAAGUACAAACAGGUGGAGCAGUACAUGUCCUUCCACAAGCUCCCCGCCGACAUGCGUCAGAGAAUCCACGAUUACUACGAACACCGAUACCAGGGCAAGAUGUUUGACGAGGAGAGCAUUUUGGAGGAGCUCAACGAACCGCUGAGAGAGGAGAUCAUCAACUUCAACUGCCGCAAGCUGGUGGCAUCCAUGCCCUUGUUCGCCAAUGCCGAUCCAAACUUCGUCACGUCCAUGCUGACCAAACUUCGCUUCGAGGUCUUUCAGCCAGGUGACUAUAUCAUCAGAGAAGGAACCAUCGGCAAGAAAAUGUACUUCAUCCAGCACGGAGUCGUCAGCGUCUUGACCAAAAACAGCCAGGACACCAAGCUGUCAGACGGCUCUUAUUUUGGAGAGAUUUGCCUUCUAACCCGAGGCAGAAGGACCGCAAGCGUGCGGGCAGAGAACUACUGCCGACUCUACUCCCUAUCUGUGGACAACUUCAACGAGGUGCUGGAGGAGUAUCCAAUGAUGAGGAGAGCUUUUGAGACUGUGGCCCUAGACCGACUAGACCGCAUUGGGAAGAGGAACUCUGUUCUUCAGCACAAAGUCCAACAUCACCAAAGUUCAGGGACACUAAACCUCCAAGAGAGUGAAAUCAUCCAAAGAAUAGUGCAGCAUGACCGCGAUAUGGCUCAGUGCACACGGUUGAUCCAGACCAGCAACACACAGAUCUUGGACAACCCCUCUGUUUCCUCGUCAGCCACCCCAGUCAUCUGGGCCCCUCUAGUUCAGGCGCCACUCCAGGCCGCUGCAGCCACGACGCCAUUAGCACUAGCUUUAGCUCACCACUCCCAGCUGCCUCCGAUCCUUUUUCAUCAUCCUCUGGUUACAGGCUCCCUAAAAGACCCUAUUGGCUACCAGAAAAAAACCCAUACUGGAGCGGCGCCAUCUAGUGUCUGCGGGUCAGUUCCCAGUUCUCCCGUUGGUUCAAGCAAAUUCCGUGCAGAGGUUGAAAGUCCCACUCUCACCUCUAUCAGCCCUCCACAUCUCUCUACCAGGCACUUGUCCACUGUGACGUCCCAGCCCAUCUUCACUAGCAGUAUCCAGCCCCUGGCCCCUCCGGAACAACCGCCCCACCACCCUCCCCACUGCGCCUCAGUCUUACCUGUAAGCCGGGCUGCUGUCUCCUACGCUUGCACUGCUCAGCUCCACCCGCAGCCCUUCCAAGAGAUUCGGAGAUUCCCAGCCCCCUCUUCUUGCGCCCUAAAUCCUCUGAUCUCCAGCUCUGUUGGCCCGAUUCUAAGCCAGCUGCAGCAGAGCUCUCACAACAUGGUGCAGCAGAUGGGGUCCAGUCAUGGCAGUGUGGGCAGGAUCGCCAGUGCUAUGAAUUUCCCACAUUUUCCCAUUAUCACCAGCACGCAAUACUCUAGCAGAUCAUCAGCAAAUGGAGACGGGGUUGCGGCUUCUCUGGCGCAGCACAGCCUAGCUGGCCUCAAUUCAGUUUUCCUGCCACAGGUUCUUCCUGAGCAGUCUGCACUCGCCUCCCUGAUGCAGUAUGGCUCUGCGGAAGCCUCGCCUUGCUACACGCCUCCUCUCCAUAGUCCUAGCUUACAGAGUCCUGGGAGAAGGACUGUUCACCAAAGUGAGCCCUACCGGGCUCAAGACUCUGACAGCCCCCUUACAGUUCAGACCUCAUGCCCUGUUCGUUUAGGGUGCACCAUCAGGGAGGGCAAUGAGUCACCAGCUAAGCUCUUUACCCAGGAAAUAAAAACCAUCUCAGGCUCUUACAGCUCUCCACAACACACGCAAGAUAGACUUUUGGUUAUCACUCCAGAGGAGGCAGAGGGAGCACAGAGUCCCUUCUUUUCCCCACUAGCAACUUUUAAACCCCAGGCAACGAUCCCGGGUAACACCACUUCUGUUACCUGGGCAUAUUCAGGACUUGAACCUCGGAACAGGUUUAUAGAUGUGAACUCAAAAACCCUUGAGAAUCAGCGCAAUGAGUCUAAACUUCCCUCCAGUUUGUGA